GAGUGGCCUUCUGCAGAUAGUCGCCCUCUCUGCCGGAGUAAAGUCUUCUCACUGUGGCAGCUUAUAGGAGGGAAAACAAACCAAAAGUUUUGAGAUACAGAACAGGGAAGGAGAUAGAAGAGAAGAGGGGGCCGUUUUCAAACCAUAUUCUCUCCCAGGCUGUAUGUGGGUUGUACACAGUCAUGGCAUCAGCAGCUCCACCAAAAAGGAUGGUGUCCUCUGUCUUUAUCACCCUGGCAUCCCCUUACCGAGCCACUGUGACACAGCAGCAGCCCGCCCUCCAAGCUCACAGUGCCCCUGCUAGAGACAAGCAGCACACAGCUGUACGAGUCAGCCCAACUGACAGCAUCCCCGCCCCCAGACGUAGGAAGGAGGACCACUCACCGUCUGAGUCUUACGGCAGCAUUGACAGCAAAGAUAGAACAUAUGCAGGGGCCUCGGCUCGAGCUCCAGACCUUCAGAGUCCCAAACCUGCCCUACCUGGACCCAGCAGAGGAAAGCUGCAAGAAGAUGAAAGAGGUGCCGCAGAUCUCUUCCCUCCUCCACCUCCUCCUCCCCCUCCUGCUGCUGCUGCUUCUGCACUGCCUUCAUCUCCAGGAGCAGCGCUCCCUAAAGAAUCACCAUUUCAACCACCUCCUCCCGCCCAGACACCUCUCUCACACCCUCUGACCCCAGGCCAGCAGCCAGUUUACAACAGAGAGGUGGAAACAAGCACACCAUCUAGUGGGUUAAAUCGAGAUGAACAAUCCCAUGGGACCCAUAAAAACGGCCAAGACACAAGCAUGGAGAGUAAAGAGGUGUGUGGCUUCUGUCGGAAACCCAUGGCCCUUUCUGAACCUGCGAUAGAGGCCUUAAACAGAACUUACCAUGACAGUUGCUUCCAGUGUAGAUCUUGUCACAUUCCCCUGGCUGGCAAACAGUACUACAACAAGGCAGGAAUCCCACUCUGUGAAGACUGCUACCAGGCCAGUCUCGAACUUUGUUGGGCAUGUGGAGAGGUUAUCACAGACCAUGUGAUCCGUGCACUGGAGCGAGCAUACCAUCCUCCUUGUUUCAUCUGUACAACGUGUAAAAAACAAAUUGGAGAGCAAGCUUUUGCUCAGGGAGAAGUUGGAGAAGUGUAUUGCCUCCAGGACUACUACAGGAAGUAUGCUCCAAAGUGUAACGCCUGUAACCAGCUAAUUAUUCCAAAAGAGGAUGGUACUGACAGCUACACUGUUGAAUGUCUGGGACGCUCCUACCAUGAGAACUGCUACAGAUGUGAGAUCUGUGUCAUCCAGCUCUCUCCUGAUCCGAAUGAGCACGGCUGCUAUCCUUUGGAUGGAAGGAUGCUUUGCAAAGCUUGCCACUUGAACCUGGUCUCUGGUCCCCACUAACACUGGCCUUGUUGUCCACGAUAAACUGCAACCGAUGGAAAAGUGCCACAAGUCCAGGUUUAAAGAGACGGGAGAUUGUGCAUGUGCAUUUAAGACUCUAGCAUACGAAUGUUACACAUCUUUUUUUCCAAUAGAGCAUUAUGGUUAUUUUCAUAAUAUAUCAUGCUUUCUCAAGAUUCUCUUAUUCCUCUUUUGUACUUGAUAAUUUUGCACUCAAUAAACUCUACAAAAUGCACCAAAUAUAUUUAUGCAACAGACUUACUGCAAGGAUUUUUUUUUUAUUAUUUUUGUAAGUCUUAAUCAGUAUACUGUUUCUCAAUCACAUUAACCCUUUCUAUGAAAAAAUAAAAACUGUUAAAAAAAACAUUUAUAUAAAAGUAAACUAAUAUAUUUUAUCUCGAGGCAGGCUUCAACAUACAUAGUGUUUGUUAAAUUACACAUACAAUAUCAGUAAGCAUUAAAAUAUGGAAAAAACGAGGUGUCAGUGGCAUGACAGACCAUAAAUGCAAAACAUAAUCACGAAUACAGAGAAUACUAUGGGCGGCUGCCUGAGUUAAUUUUAUGAUGGGCUGAAUGUGGUCACUCUUCAAACAGGAUUGGUUUACUCACCUGUUCAGGUUAAGCAGGUAAAAAAAACAAAAACCUAGAGGCAACAGAUUAAAUGCAGCAUCUAUACCGCACAACACAAAUUUAUAAACUAAUGUAUAAAUACAUUAACUGAUUCUCAAGUACUCAUUAUGGACCAAAACUCGAAGGUGUUUUUGAUCUUCACUAGACCACAGGGGCUGUAUUUUGCUAAAACUAUUCACAUUAAUUUGACAUUACAAUAUUAAAGUCUCAUUUGGAUCCCAGCUGAAUUAUUUGGUUCUUUGUUAUGUAUCUCAAAAUUACUUGUUCUGUGGAAUUAUAUUUCUGUGUAUUAAAAACAUUUAUUAAAACAAUUAUU